CCUACGCCGCUGUCUUCAGGGAGGACGGGGAUCUAGUGAAGCUGACGGGAAACUCACGGCCCCUCUCUCUACCUUCCUCCCGGUAACUCACUCACAUUCUCCCGGCUCUUUCGCUCGAUAUCGAGCUCCCGCUGCAGGCGCUCGUUUCGCUCCUCGGCGUCGUCAGCCUGCUGCUGCAGCACUUUAAUCUUCCGCUUCACCGCCUCAAGGCACGUGCCAGCCAUCGGGGUACCGGAGACCGGCGACAAUUACUGCUAAUAUUAUUAGUAAUAACGGUAGCGACAGAAGGAGGAAGAGGCGGCUGAUGCUGGCGGCUGCUGCUUCUUGUCGAUAGAAACACCCGGCAACGGGGAGAGGGGUGGGCAGAGGCCCGGGCGUUUCCAGGAAGUGACGGAGAAACGGGACCGCCCCGGGAGGUGCGCACGCGUAAAGGUGACGUCCCUCUCAGCCAGGAGUCGAACCAUAAGGCAGAAGGAGUUGGAGGAAGAAUCGCUCGUGGUUUGGGGCUGUUUAACUCUCCCUAAAUACCUCACAAAUCUCUGUUGGUGGCCAUUGUAGAAGCUCCCGGCUGUUGGAGGGGAGCAAGCCCGACGGGCGUGAUGGCUGGCAAGAACCCCUUGGUCAUCCUGGCGGGACUCCUGCUCCUGUUGGUUGCCCUGGCGUUCUACCAGUGGACGUUGAUGACAGAGAACGGCCGGCUGAAGGCAGAGAGCGGCAAGGCCUGGGACAUGGUGAGCCAGCUGAAGAAGGAGAGGAGCGAGGCGCAGAACCGUCUGGCCGAGAUCAGCAUGACCCUUGACGACAAGAAGCGCUACAUCAGCGACCUGGACGGCCGGUUCCUCAAAGCCAACGCUGACCUGGAGGUCAAAGUCAAAGCCUUGCAGCAGUGCGGGGAUGAGAAGAAAAAGGUGGUCGAUGACGCUGAGAAACAGAAAGUUGAAGUGAAGAGUAAGCAAGAUGAGCUUAAGAAGAUGGAGGAAGAGAAAAAGAAAGUGGAGACCAGUCUGGAGGAAUUUAAGAAACUCUGCGAAGUGGCAGACAGGACAAAGGAGUUGACAAAGAAACUGUGCCCACAGGAACCCGUUGUUCAGAACCAGGCAUAGGUAUCUCGAGGUGGCCUGACCGCUGGGAUUAUGAGACUCGCCGAUCAAGAUUUCAUUCCUGCUAUUUCUGCACAGAGCCGUGCUGUUAAGAUUGACUUACAUGACUACAGAAAUGACUAAUGCCACCGGACACACACAAACGCACACCUUGGGAGCGGCUACAGGCCACGGCGCUUGUAACAUCUUGGCUCCCCGGCCUCCGAAGCCUGUCCCACCACUGACAAGGCUCAAGUCAGCAAUGCGAUGGAAUAGUCCCCUCCUAACCCCGGAUGGGAGCAGCUCCAGUAACAUUCGACAAGCUCGACAUCAGCCAGGACAAAGCUGCCCCCACUUGGAUUGGCACCACAUCCACUCCUUCCACCGUGGGCACUCAGCAGCAGCAGUGUGUACCAUCUACAAGAUGCACUGCAGUGGUUCACCUUAGACCGCACCUUCCGAAGCAAGGACCGCUGGCAUUUAGAAAGACAAGGGUGGAAGAUACCGUCCUCCCCACUGGUCUAUCCUCCAUGCCACUCGAAUGUCCCCGAAUUGGAACAGCCUUCCCUUCUCUGCAUCAAAUUCCUGGCACUAACGGCGCUGCAGGGAUGUCCGUAAGCCAGGGAGAAGGCACCUCCCCUCCACCUUUGCCAAGGGUUUAUUAAUGCUCUAUUAAACUAUGCUUUAGACAGGUCAUGCCCACCCCCCCACAACAGUGGCAUGGGUAGCCAGCCCUUCCACUCCUGAACACUCCUUUUGAGGUGUCCCCUUCAUUUUAUACCGCUGUCGCCCUCUCUCUCUAUUGCCACCUCACAGCUGUCCGUAUCGAACUCCGCCUGCCCACCAGCCUGCCUACUCCACCAGCUCCCCCAUGCCCGUGCUCACACUUCAAGGUGUUUCUGAGCGUCAAGAUGCUUAAUUUUCCCGAAGCGCCUUUUUUGCUCCUCAGAGAUAGACACUCCAGCUCUGCCACCCUAUCCUCAGGGAACUAACUCCAUAACAUUUGAUCCUUACCUGCCAUUUUAUUUCGUCUCUCUCUCUCUGCCAGCCACAAGCUCCUUUGGUUGGAGCCGCAAGUGACACACCCCAGCAGGGACUUGAGCGCGGCUCUGAAAGGCGGGCACCGCGGUGCCAGUACAGCAGGAGCUCCGCGCAGGCGUAGAUGCCCCCUUAUCAGACCAGGCGUGAAACAUAUUCUCUCGCAUGGCCCUGCUUCAAGAGAGGGCGACGGCUGUCCCUCAGUGGGCUCAGAAAACAGCCUGGAUCGCCAUUGCACUGCCGCUCGUGGGAUCUUGCUCUGCGCCGACUGACCUGCCAAAACUGCGGUGGCAGCGACUGCGCUGGGUUGGACGGGAAGCUUGGGCGGCCGAGAAGGAGCUGUUCCAAAGGUACUGUGAAACCAGGAACUGUGGGAGGCCCAAAGCGAAAGCGGAAAACGCCGGAGAGGCCCAGAGAGAGAAGCUCAGAGUUCACAUCUUCAGAAUUCUGAUUGUGUCAAUCCCAUUGGUGUAAAUCCAUGCCCUUGGGUGUUUACAGUAGUGUCUCCCACUCUGAGGCCCGGGUUCAAGUGUCCAGCGCUCCAAACAAAUGCUGUUGAAGUGAAUUAAGCUGUAAAUGUGCCCCCAUCCGUGACCACGCUGUGUCUGUAUGCUGGGAAACUUCUAGUGCCUUUCCUGGUCAAUAAAUGAAAAAUUGGCUGACUGC